UAUUAUAUAUCAUCUUGGGUGCAGACACCAACAUGGAGGCCGCUUAAUAGAAGAAGAGGAACCUAAAAAUUAAGAUUUUCUUUCUUGUUUGCCAUUGUACAGUGGUCUGAUUGUUUUAAACGAAAGUAUAUUAGUAAAUGAAAAUAAUAAUUAUUAAAGUCACUGCCUAUUACACUAUUUAUUUAAAGAAAAGGUUUUAAUCAUGAAUCCAAACACUAUGACUACAGCGUUGCUGCCUCCACAAAGCAUUAGUAAAAAUCCAGGCAGCAGCAUGAUAGUUGGAGUGACUUUACCACAGGCAGGAGCUACUGGUCCAACUUCUACUAUGCCCACUCCAGGACAUGUCCCUGGUCAUGCCCCAUCUGUGGGAGGUAUGGGAGACUGCACUUUAACAUUGCAGGGUCCCCCACUUAGUGGAGUACCUGGGUCAGGUCUGUCUGCUACAAUAACUCCUCAGAAUCAAACUCCCAAUUCGGGCACUGCCCCCAGCAGCACAGCCCCCUCUGCUGGUGGCGGCAGUAACCAGUCCACCGUAACCAUGGCAAACACAAAAGAGAAAACCCCCAUGUGCUUGAUCAAUGAAUUAGCUCGUUACAAUAAAGUCCAGCAUCAGUACCACCUGGUGGAUGAGUCGGGCCCUCCCCAUAAGAAGACAUUUACGGUUGUACUGAAGUUGGACAAAGAAGAAUACACAGCCUCAGGACCGAGUAUAAAAAAAGCUCAGCAUGCAGCUGCAGAUAUUGCCCUUGAUCAAACAGCAUUAAAACAUCCACCUCCAAAAAAUCAAAGGAAGGCAUUAGAUCCUAUAACACCAACUGUUGAACUUAAUGCUCUAGCAAUGAAAAGAGGAGAACCUGCUGUGUAUCAAGUGAUAGAACCUCAAAGACCUCAAUAUAUCCCAAGUCUAAAUUUCAGAGGGAUGUAUCAUCAACGUUAUCAUUAUCCCAAAUUACCACCUACAUACUAUGUUUCAUUAAAAGUUGGUAACCGUCAGUUUUUUGGAAAAGGACAUACUUCACAAGCAGCCAGACAUGCUGCUGCAGAAGAGGCUUUAAGGAUUCUUCGUUCCCUUCCUUUGCCCGACCAUGUUAAGAAACGCAAUGAAACAAUAAAAACAAAUGGAGAUACACCUGAAAUUGAUGCCAGUGCUGAUUUAAAAUCCCCAAUAAGUCUAGUUCAUGAAAUUGCUCUUAAACGAGUGUUACCUGUUAAUUUUGAAGUGAUUAGGGAAAGUGGGCCUCCACAUAUGCGUACAUUUAUAACUAGAUGUACAGUUGGGGAUAUAAUCACAGAGGGAGAAGGAAAUGGGAAAAAAGUAUCUAAAAAACGUGCAGCUGAAAGAAUGUUAGAGGAAUUAAAGAAACUACCUCCAUUACCUCCUGCCCAGCAAAAAGUUAAGAAAAAACCAGUUAUGAAGAAAAAGAACAGAAACUUGAUUAAGGAACAAAAGGCUGAUCCCCAAUAUGGCCAAGGUAUAAAUCCCAUCAGUCGUCUGAUCCAAAUCCAGCAAGCUAAAAAAGAACGUGAACCAAUUUACACAGUUAUUGCUGAAAGAGGUGAACCAAGACAAAGAGAAUUCAUCAUGCAGUGUUCCUUGGGAGAACUAUCUACAAAUGGUACUGGAUCCAAUAAAAAGACUGCAAAACGAAAUGCUGCUGAAUCCAUGUUACAGUUAAUGGGUUACUCUCGACCUCAACCUGGCAAACCAGCAAUUAAGUCAUCAGGUCUAGAUGGUUGUCAUGUUCUGCAAGGCCAAGAAUCUGAGAAAGGACGUAAGGUGACUUUUCUGGAUCAUGAAGGAGAAAAAUUAGAUGGUGAAGGUAAAUUGGGACGCCAGUUAGUGCCUGGACUAUUGUUAAUGCCUGAUACUACAGGUUUAACAACUGAUCAGAGUGGCGUGCAGGGAUUCACAUCUGUGGCUGGAACAGGAUUAAAUCGAGCCCCAGGUGGUCCUAUUCAAAAACAAGAAGUAGUGAAUAAAAUAAUAAUGCAAACGACAUCAACGAUCGCAAAAGAAUUGUUGGAUACUGGAGUUUCUCCAACUGCUGAAGCGAUACGUAAAUCUGGACAUAAACCUUUGACUCCUCAAGCUCCUGUACGUCCCAAACAGCAAUUAAUGUAUUUAGCAGAUGUAUUGGGUUUUCAAGUACAUUUUACAGAUUUUCCAAAGGGUAACAAAUUAGAAUAUUUAUCAUUAGUAUCUCUGACCACGAUUCCACCUCAAGUCAAACAUGGGGCAGGACCAACAAUAGAAGCUUCUCAUGAUCAGGCUGCUUUGAUGGCUCUCCGUGCCCUGGCUGAAUUAGGAUUAGAGUCUUUGACAGAUGGAAAUAAGAAAGAAAUUGGACCUCCAGGCAUGGGGGCUGGAGAUGGAAUUUAUCUAACAGGAGUACAAGGCACUGCACCCAAGCUGGCUAAUUCUCCCACAUCUGACCUCGGCAGUAACCCCAAUUCUGGGGCCACUGUCCCGAUUACUGCCAAGGGCACUCAUUGAAAGUGGAGGAUGCUAUCCUGGCUCAGGAGUGGAUCGGCCAUGGAGGGGAAUACCGGCCGCCACUGCUGAGCUUGGUUAAAGAAAAAAAUUUUACAUCAUGUUGGUAUGAUCACAUAUGAAGACAACAAAGCCAUGAUGGGCUACACCUUAUGAACACCCAAUCUAAUGAGUGAAGUGCAUAUCAAGCACCUGCCAUAGGGAAAACAUCUCUCAUUAUAUAAUAGAACAAGGUUUUAAAGACUAAUCAUCCAACUUAGACAAUGUUGAACAUUGUCUUAAUAUUUUGAAAAUCUUGUUCUAAAAUUACUUUUAGAUGUUUUACACAAUGAAAUAUGAUUUAUUCCAUAUUGACAUGCAUUGUAUUUUUCAUUAAGUUAUUGAGCCACAGACUCAUUUAAAUUUUAUUGUUCUUAUAAAUAUUUCUUUAAUUUGUUAAAUGUCUUUGGGAAUUAAUUUUUUCAUAAAUCAAUCAAGUUUAAACCAAGAAGCAUAUUAAUCCUAAAAUGAUGCAAUGUUUUUAGAAUAAAUAGUUUUAUAAAUUUGAUUACAUUUGCAAGAAUUAUAUAGUUUUAAUUUUAUAUAUAUAUUUUUGUGAUACAGUAUGGUUCACAAAACUGAUUUGUAACGCUAAUUUUGUUACUGACAAUAUGAAAUGUGUAGUUUAACUCCUUGUGGCUUGUUUGUGCUGCAGGCAAUUUAAAGUAAAAGAUGACAUGCCAUUUACCAUCAUGAUAAGACAAGUGUUCAAAAGGUGAGCUGUAUGGGAAUUUUCAAUAGCAUUAUUGCAUUUCUCUGCAGUAUUUUUGACUUCUUUUAUUGUGAUGUCUUAGACGUGUGUGUGCAUGUGCGUGCAUGUGUGUGAUUUUGGUGUGGUUUAUCCCCCAUAUUACAGCUUAAUAGUUAACUGGCUUAAAAUAAACUCCUAGCAUUUUAUAAAGCAGGUCAUCAGAUUGGCAAAUGUUCACCUGGAAAGUUGUGAUGAAAAAUGGUAUUGUUAUCAAAAAGCUGUAACCUCUGUGAAUUUUUAUGUAAAACUACAGCUAUUUAUUGCUCAAUGCCAUUCUGAUUCACCACUGUCAUUAAUCCCAGGUCUGUAGUUAAUGUAGACAAUAACAAAUCCUUUCUAUGUAUAGUUUGAUACUAUUAAUUCUUAAAAUAGACAUCAAAAUGAGCUGUCGUCUUGUCUACAAUGAUAUUUCCUUGAAAAAGUACAGUGUCGGUGAUGAAAAGAAACAUGACACUGAUGGCCUUAUUGCCCUAAUUGCUAUAAUGAUAGCUUGUUGUCUUCAUGUCUAAUCAUUCACUGUUGUUAGUAGCAACUCAAUAAAAUGCAUAACAGUAAAAAAAGAUAAAA